GCGGGCUGCACGCUGGCCCCAGUCUCCCCGAUGCCUGUGUGCCCCACCUCAUCCCCCAUGUCCUCCCAGCAUCAGCCCCUCCAGACCUAGGGACUGCCCAGCCCCUGGAGGGACUGCAGGGAAAGCCACCCUGCCAGAGCCAUCAGGGCCAGUGUCAGGUGUCGAGGAGACACCCACAGGGGUGCCCAGGAGGCGGGGUGCCUGUAUCCCUGGGGAAGCCAGCCUGGGGGUGGGCGUGGCAGAGGCCCGCCUGACCUUGCGGCUGACAUUCCUCUGUGGCCACGUGGCCCCAACUGGCAGGGACAGCUGCAGCCAGGGGCCGAACCAGCUUUGUUCCCAAAGUGGCGCCCGCUCUCCAUCCAGGCCCUGCUUGGGCUCCUCCCCGACGCUGCUUUCCCUCCUGGGGCUCAGUGGGCAGCUGGCACAGUGGGUCCUGGGCCAUGAAUGCCUAGAGGCUUAGAGCCACCAGGGUCUCUUGCUUGUGGGGCGCAGGGCUCGGGGAGGAUGGGGCAGGACCAGACGAAGCAGCAGAUUGAGAAGGGCCUCCAGCUGUACCAGUCCAACCAGACGGAGAAGGCGCUGCAGGUGUGGAUGAAGGUGCUGGAGAAGAGCUCGGACCUCGUGGGGCGCUUCCGCGUGCUGGGCUGCCUGGUCACGGCCCACUCGGAGAUGGGUCGCUACAAGGAGAUGCUGAAGUUUGCCGUGGUGCAGAUCGACACUGCGCGGGAGUUGGAGGAUGCUGACUUCCUCCUGGAGAGCUACCUGAACCUGGCGCGCAGCAACGAGAAGCUGUGCGAGUUUCACAAGACCAUCUCCUACUGCAAGACCUGCCUCGGCCUCCCAGGCACCAGGGCGAGUGCCCAGCUCGGAGGCCAGGUCAGCCUGAGCAUGGGUAAUGCCUUCCUGGGCCUCAGCCUCUUCCAGAAGGCACUGGAGAGCUUCGAGAAGGCCCUGCGCUAUGCCCACAACAACGACGACACCAUGCUCGAGUGCCGUGUCUGCUGCAGCCUGGGCAGCUUCUACGCCCAGGUCAAGGACUUCGAGAAGGCCCUGUUCUUCCCCUGCAAAGCCGCAGAGCUUGUCAGCGACUACGGCAAAGGCUGGAGCCUCAAGUACCGGGCCAUGAGCCAGUACCACAUGGCAGUGGCGUAUCGCCUGCUGGGCCACCUGGGCAGUGCCAUGGAGUGUUGUGAGGAGUCCAUGAAGAUUGCACUGCAGUAUGGGGACCGGCCACUGCAGGCGCUCUGCCUGCUCUGCUUUGCUGACAUCCAUCGGAGCCGCGGGGACCUGGAGACGGCCUUUCCCAGGUACGAAUCUGCCAUGAGCAUCAUGACCGAGAUUGGAAACCGCCUGGGGCAGGUGCAAGUGCUGCUGGGUGUGGCCAAAUGCUGGGUGGCCAGGAAGGCACUGGACAAGGCUCUGGACGCCAUCGAGAGAGCCCAAGACCUGGCCGAGGAAGUGGGAAACAAGCUGAGUCAGCUCAAGCUGCACUGUCUGAGCGAGGGCAUCUACCGCAGCAAGGGGCUGCAGCGGGAGCUGCGCGCGCACGUCGUGCGGUUCCACGAGUGCGUGGAGGAGACGGAGCUGUACUGCGGCCUGUGCGGGGAGUCCAUCGGCGAGAGGAACAGCCGGCUCCAGGCCCUGCCCUGCUCCCAUAUCUUCCACCUCAGGUGCCUGCAGAACAAUGGGACCCGGAGCUGCCCCAACUGCCGCCGCUCAUCCGUGAAGCCUGGCUUUGUGUGACGCCCGGCCCUGCAGCGAUCUUGGGCUUCCCCCUGGCCUCCCCUGCCCCUGCUGCACCGUCUGGCUGGGGGCCCCUGACUGGCCAGGCCUCAGAUGCCUGUCUAAUCCUGGGGCAGCCCCCAGGGCCUCCUUGGGCCUCAGUCAGGCCUGGGACCUCACAUUGCAGCUCCUCUAGGCCCAGCCCCUUCUCUCACCUCUUUGUACUUUGCUCUUUAUGGAAAAAUAAAUCGUUUGUACCUGG